AAAUAUAAGAACGCCGCAGAAUCUACAAUAUUCUUUAGUACUUCCACAUUCAAGAGUUGCGCAUUUUCGUUCCCUAUCCAGUAGUCGCAGAAUUUCUAAUGUUCAACCCCGUGGAGGUAAAUUGCCCCCAUAUGCUGUGCAAAUGGAACCAGUUGUACAAUACUCUCAAAAAGAUCCGUUGUAUGAUCCCAGUCAUGAUCAUACAGAAAACACGGGUGUUAAUAGAAAUGAGAUAUUUGCCCAACCGAAAAUACUUAACGUUCAUGAUCAAGAUCCUGAAAGUUCUUUUGGUCUUCCUUAUGGUGCAUUGCCCACUGCCCCACUAUACAGCGAAGAUGUUCACCCACACUACAUUGAUGGUCCAGAACCUAUAAUUGAAAUUAUUAUUAAAGAAUCCAACGAGUCGUUACCAGCACCACCUCCUGCUCCAAUUCAAAAGAAGAAAAAGGAACCAGUUCAAGUAUUUUAUGUAAAAUACAGCAAGGAUCCCCAUUCUAAGGAUAAAGUUGUGUACGAAAAGCCUAUACCAGCAAUAACACCCCCAUCUAAUGAUGAAGAUAACCACCACGAAGAAUACGUCACAGUUACUCCUGAACCUUUGUACAUUCCCGCGCAAACAACUACAUUAAGAGCUAUUAUAAAGCCAGAGUCGGAAAUUUAUCACAGUAACAGUAACGUCAAAAUUACUUUUGGAAAAGAAAAUCAUCACUAUGGUAAUAGACACGAAGAUAACUCACAACACGAAGAUCGCGAAGAAACGGCACCGAGACCAGCAAUCGCUUUGCCUAAUCAACGUUUGAGCGAAGGUCCGUCAGAACGAUCGGUUUCUCCUAGACCACAAUUUAAUGAUCAUGACACAAAACAUCCUAGUUCACAAACCUAUCAAUUUGGACAACAGGCUCAAAAUCGCAUACAAUUCCAACAACCAUUUAUUAACCAUGAACCCCAGCUACCAAGACAAGGACCUUCAGUUGCUCCCUUCAGAGGUCAAAUACCACGCCAAAAUCCUUUUGGUUCGUCUCCAUCACUUAGCCCUCGUCCUGCUUUUUCAAGCGUAUCUCCAAGUCCUAACAAUCAUUUUGCAAAUAUUGCUCCUACUAUCCCCGGACCAGUUGGCCCAGUUUUUCCAACGUUCUCAAGACCAAAUAAUCAACCUCCAUUCCAUGUUCGUCCAAGCAAUGCACCUCCUUUUGGCACAAGACAACAUUUUCCACCUAGAACUAGUUUCCAUUCUGGCCCUCAACGACCAUUCCAUCAAUCUCCCCAACCACAACCAUACUUCGACGAAGCUAAAUAUUUACAAGAAAAUUAUCACACAAUAACAACAGAUCAAGUGGACCCUCCGAAACUUCAACUACUACCUAACAGACAGACUCAAAACUUCAACCAAAGCCCUAAGCCUAGUGCUAAUCCAUCUCAAGUUCAUUUUUCUGAUCAUCAAUCUCGACCUCAACAGCUAAUUCCUUACAAUCAGCAGCUACCACAACAAAGACCUGCUCACGUCUUUGAUACAAACAAACCCUCGUUCUCGAUAACGCCAAGCAGAUCACCAUUCUUUAAUUUAAAACCAUCUCCACCCCAUAUUGAAGAAAACCGGACUCCAUUCCAGCGUCAACCAAAUACUCAUACUUCUCACCAACAUGCCAGCUUCCAUCUCGGCUCACAGUCAUUAAAUCAACAAUCUCAAGAGAAUAGUCAUAUCCAAAACUCAUUUCCAGGAAUAAACUCUCCAUUGCCAUCACCUUCACCCUCUCCAUUAACCCCUGGCCACAAUCAAUUUUUACCACAACCCUCUUCCCCGCCUUUAUAUAACUUUCAUUCACAAUCUUCUCCAAUUGCCAAUCAGCCGAGUUUCCACCAACACACUUCUGUGACAGAACGACCUCAAAACCAACAAAACUUCCCAACGACACCAAAUGCAGAACAUCAACAUAAUAUUAACCAGUUCGUACCGAACGGUGGGGAAUUAGUGGCUGCUAUACCAAAAUAUGAACAACACAUAACGGUGAAUGGAGCUAAUUCUGAUUCUGACUUCAAAGGAUUAAAUAUUUUAAGUCAACCAACACCGACGCCUAAUGAUGCUGCUCAUCAACAACAACAACAAGUAACACAAGAUCAAUCACAAUAUUUUGAUGCAGAGCAACAACAAGUGAGAUUGCAACUAGCGCAAAAUGUAAGAAAACAACAAGAAGAAAUUCAACGCUUGCAAAAUCAAUUACAAUACGCUCAACAACAACAUCAACAGCAACAACAUCAACAAAAACAACAACACCAACAACAGCAGCAAUUACAGCAACAGCAGCAACAACAGGAGCAACAACAACAGCACCAACAGCAGCACCAACAGCAACAACAACAGCAGCAGCAACAUCAACAACAACAACAACAGCUACAGAAGCAACAUCAACAACAGCAGCACCAACAACAAUACCAACAACAUCAACAACAACAACAGCAAAAUACUCAAUACGAUCAAAACUACAGUCAAUAUCAACACCAAGUACAACAAAGUAUAUCAAAUCCUCAAUACGUUCAAGAAAGGACAAGACAACAGCCUGCGUAUGUUUCAAGUACGGCAUCUCCUGCUUACUACCAAUCUACAACUAGAACUGUAGAAAUAAAACCGACAACACAAAAAUACGUUUCAUCAACUGUAAAUACUAUUAGCAGUGCAUCAGAAACAAACAAAGACGAAAAUAAAAAGAGACCUGCAAUUGAACUGCCCGAUGAAGUUCCAGAUGAUUUACGACAACAAUUAUUGUCAUCCGGUAUUUUAGAUAAUGCUGACAUUAGUGUUCUUGACUAUGACAAAGUAGGUGAAACGCCUCUUGAAUCGUUGCCACCGGAUCAAUUAGCAAACUUCUUUAGUGCUGGGGGUGGUCAACAAAUAGCUUCUAGUGAGCAUAGACCUAUUGUUGUAAAGCAAAACGGUGACAGCAUUGAGUCCAGAAUAGAUGAAAAUGCAGAUGAUGAUGACGAUCAAGAUAUAGCUGCUUCAGAAAAUAUUCCAAGUUAUGUAGCUCCAGCACCUACUCAAAAACAAGGCGUAGAAAUGAAAGUUGUACAUUUUGAUCCAAAAACACCAGAAGGACAAAAAAUAGCGAACGAUUAUGUAAAAGAAGAUGCUACCCAAGUAGAUCCAGUUGCUUUAAAUGACAAGAAAUAUAAUAGAUAUCUGCCCCUUAAAGUUAGCGGCAAUCAGUUUCCAUUACCCGAUGUGUUAAAAGGACGAAAAAUAACUUCAGUUGUUGUAUUAGCUCCAGUACAAACAGAUCCAUUAACUGGUGAACAUACAAGGGCAGAGCGCGCGACUAGUGACAGUUUAAGAGGAAUCAAAUUUGUUGCCGGUGAUAGCUUACAUGAUUUAUUAAGAAAACCAACAAAAGACAACUUUGAAAAAUGGUUAAACAUUGAGAAGAAAACUGCUUCAGAUGAACAAUCUGUUAUCCUUCUUGUCACAGGAAAUGAGGAACCUUCAGAAGAAAGGGAAAUAUUUAUGUAUGACGUUGCAUCAGGCACUGUUAACAAGCUUAGCGGUGAACUAUCUAACGCAUUCGUCGAGGCAGCCGAAAAUAACUCACUGAGCAAAGAUUUUGAAAAGUUAGCUAUUGAAGGAGAAGGCACUCCAGAAAAUUUUAAUAAGGAACCUAAAGAUGCGGUUGCAGAUGGUUCUGAACAUGUGCCAUUAUUUGUAGAUUUAUCAGGAGUCAGUGUAGACAAUGACAAUAAUCGAGUAUUAAUAUCAUCAGGAUAUAGUAAAACAAAACGCGGCCGAUCUAUCCGAAGACAUUAAUGUACAAACGCCAAAUGGCAACAAAUCUUGUAAAUAGUAUAUAGUUUUAGUAUUACUAAAUUAAACAACGUACGUUGUGUACAUUCAGUCGUUAAUUAUUAUUGCGCAAGUGAUGAUCAGGUUGUA